GCUGAAGCAAUUGCAUGUACCUCAUGUACAAUAGAAUUCUGAAGGAGACACUGUUCACGUUGCCAAUGAGUGAGAUGUUCACAUUACAAAGCAAGCAGGAGGAGAAAGACUCAGAAGACGAAGAGGAUGACAUGACUUGUGGAGACUUGGGAAAUGGACUUGGUAAAAGACCUGGUGGUGUCUAUGAAAUGGAAGGUUUAAAUGUGCACACACACAGAUCUAGGAAAGGAUCUGAUAAGAUCUUCAAUAUGCUUUUGCAAAAGAAAGGGGAAGAAAAUGAUGCUGCAAUUUUUCACUGUUUAAACUGCAGUGGUUUCUAUGAUGUAUCAUCCAAAAAGCUUGGAAUAAGUGGUGUUACUAGAUGCAGCCGACAAAAUAGUUCUGAGUCUAAUUCUGAAGUGUCAAAUGAAGAAUUAAGGCAGCAACUUCAAGAGGCUAUAGAGAAGGUAGAGAUUUUAAAAGUAGAGCUUGAAGCAUCACAGAGACAACUUGAAGGAAAAGAAGAAGCACUCAAAAUUCUGCAAAACAUGACAGUGUUUAAUAAAGCCACUAGUCAUACAAAAGCAAUGCUUCAAAAAACUGAGGAACAAAAGAGAGCUUUAGAAAAGGAAAUAAAUACUUUGCAAUGGGAAAUUGAAUUUGAUCAGGAAAGAUUUAAAAACAAAGAAGAGACAUGGGCAGAAAAAUGUGACAGGAUAUAUUGUGAAAAUGCAGCCCUUAAGGAAACAUUGAAACUCAGGACAGAUGAGGUCAGAACUCUUAAAUCUGAAAAUGCAAUUUUGAAUCAACAGCGCUUGGAGUUUCUUGCAAUGCUUGAUGUAAAACAACAGAAGAUUAUUCAGGAAAAUAUGUCCAUUAAUAAAAGUGGCUUUACAGAAAUCACAGGUCUUGAACUGGCAGUUCUUGGAGCCUGCACCUGUAAUGCUCCUGGAGGAGAGCCCUGUUCCUGUGCUAAAAUGUCAGCUGCAACACGAAAGCAGCUUCUUCAGCUCAGACAAGAGUGUGAUGCUCUGAAGAAGAGUAAAGAAGAAGCAUAUAUAAUGGCAGAUGCCUUCAGAAUUGCAUUUGAGCAGCAGUUAAUGCAGAGAAAGGACCAGGCUUUGCGGCUCACGCAAGUGAAUAAGAUCUGUAAAAAAGAAACAAAACUUAUAAACUGGAAACGCCUCAGAGAGAACGGACUUGGUAUGGUGCAAGGGAACAAGAAAAAUCUGGGUCAAAAGUUGACGGGUAUGCUUAUCUCUGAUACUGACUGUAGGAAAAUGGAAGACUUGGAUAAUCCUCAUGAAAUCCUUAGGAUGCUAAUAGAUUUGCUGAAUGAUAAAGAAGAGGCUUUGGCUCAUCAAAGAAAGGUUAGUUAUAUGCUAGCUCGUGCAUUGGAAGAAAAAGAAGAUGCAUCAAUGCACAGUAAAGAAAACAGUUUUUCAGGAGAGGGCAUUACUCUGAAGAACCAUCUGGAUACGGCUUCAGAAUCUCACAAAUCAAAUGAUCUUGCAUAUUUGUGUUCUCAGAACAACACUUGCUCAAUUCUCAACACAAAAAUACAUCAAAAUUCUACAAGAGCACUUCAAAAGUCACAUUCCUGGCCAUCCAGGAAUUGUGAAGAAAAUUAUAUGCAAAGGGUAGAUGAAACCACAGAUAUGAACUGUGCAUAUCAAGAGCACUUAGAAGAAAAAAAACUUUGUGAUAGUGCCAAAGUACAAGGAAGCCUUGCAGAGGAUGUCAGAGACGGCACUAAAUUUAAAUUUUAAUUCUGGAAUAAAAUUCCAGGAAAUAUGUUCUAUGAACUACUUUUCUAAGAAACAUAUUUUAAUACUUAGGUUAAAAAGUAGUAAGUUAGUAUCUUGUUAGCAUAGGUGUGGGGAAUCUUUUUUGGGUCAGAAGCCACUGACCCACAGAAAAUCAGUUGGCGGCCACACAAAAGUGAGGAGCAAAAAAACCCCCAAAAACAAAACCCCUCACUGAUGGGCUUGGGUGUGGAGUUGGGGAGUGAGGAAGGGAUGGGUGGGAAAUAGGAUGCAGUAGCGGCCUGGGAAUGGGGGGGUCUGGGCGGGAGGAGUGGUGCAGAGUCUAGACAAUGUGGAGGCACUUACCUGGCGCAGCUCCCUAAGGACACACAUGGCUCCAUGUCCCCUGCUGCCCCCAAACACUGCCCCCUGCUGUUCCUAUUGGUCGCAAUUAUGACCAAACAAAGUGGCAUGGGAAAAGCCGCCAGGCAGCACUUUGCUGCCCUGCUAUUUCCCCAGCCGGCGAGAUGGGGAGUGGCAGUGCAUGGAGCCACUUCUUCCCCCCACCAGUCAGAGCCUUUGGGUUGGGUCCAGCCAUGGCUUGCCUGACUCCGGUCCUGUGAAGCUCAGGGCUACCCUUUUCCCCCCACCCCUGCGGUAGGGAGUCCUUGCUGGUGCUCCAGCCCCAUGCAGGGGGAGGGGAAGGUGCAGGACUGGAGCACUAGUUCAGGAUCUCUGAUGCUGGGGGGUAAAGCCAAAUCCAGGCAAGCCAGGGGCUGUAUCCAGUCCCAGGGCCUUACGUUCCCCACUCCUGUCCUGUUAGACUUUGUAGGCUAUCUGUGGGUUUUCAGUGUGCUUGCAACUAAGAAAAAAAAAUCAGCCAAAAGUUUUUGAAUUAAUGAAGGAGGCUUGUUUUCGCUGUGGGGAUGGUUUUGUCUUUCACCUGUUCUUUCCCUCUUACGUCUGAUAACUAAAAUAAAGAUUUAAAAAGUCACUUGAUUCUCUGCCAACUCUGCCAUGUACUUAAAAGGAAGAUACAAGAAAUGUAUCUUUGGAAAACCAAUGCUGUGCUAUAUCUGUAGAACAUUAAUUCAUGUUGAAAUACAUCAAGCAUUGCUACAAUUCUGUAUAUACCACACAGGCUUUGUCUAUACUACAGAGAUUUUUUUCGGAAAAAUGGCCGUUUUUCAAAAAAAACUUGUGGAGCAUCCACAGCUCAAGCGCAUUUUUGGGCAAAAAAAUUGAAAGAAUGGAGGGGUUUUUGCACAAUUGGUAUUCCUCUUUCCAUGAGGAAGAAGCUUUUUUGCAAAAGAGUUCUUUUUGCGCAAAAAGAGGAAAAUGCACAAGUACCCUGGUGGCCAUUCUAUGCAUACCAGUCAGUGCUUACUUUUGAGAGAGCAUUCAUGCAGUCUGAACGCUCUCUUUCGCAAAAGUGCAUUGCUUUUUUAAUGCGCUUUUGCAGUGUGGAUGUGCUCUUGUGCAAGAAGUUUUUGUGGAAUAUUUCUUCUGAUAAAAGCUUCUUGCGCAAGAAGCCUGCAGUCUAGAUGUAACCACUGUAGCAAAGUCCAUUCCAGACUGAAGUUCCAACAAAUAGGUUCAUGGUUUCACUGGUUUUGUUUUAUUAUUAUGUAAGUUAUCAUGCCAGUGUUUUGACAUACCUUAUGAUUAGGGCCCUACCAAAUUCAUGGUCCAUUUUGGUCAAUUUCACAGUUGUAGGAUUUUAAACAUAAUAAAUAUCAUGUGUUCAGCUAUUUUAAUCUGAAAUUUCAGUGUGUGGCACAUGUAGGGAUUUUGACCAUAAGGAGUUGUGGAUGUGUUGCAAGGUUAUUGUAGGGUGGGAGAGUUGUGGAACAUCUACCCUUACCUCUGUGUAGCUGCUGGCAGAAACAUUGCUUUCAGAGCUGGACAGCUGUAGAGCGGUGGCUGCUGGCUAGGAUCCAAACUCUGAAGGCAAAGCCAUUGCUGGCAGCACAGAAAUAAGAAUGAGGUGGGAUGGAAUCACCAACUUUACUUCUGUGCUGCUGCCAACAACAUCUUCGGAACUGGGUACCUGAACGACCACAACCACUCUCCAGCCAUUCAGCUCUGAAGGCAGCACCAGAAGUAAGGGUGGCAAUUCUGCAAACGCCCCCUAAAUAACCUUCUAAUCCCCUUGCAAUUGAUCCCCCUGCAACUCUCUUUUGUAUCAGGACCCCCAAUUUGAGAAACACUGCUUCUUUUCUGUGAAAUCUGCAUAUUAUAGAAUAAAAGCACACAAAAGACUA